ACCGACACGACGCUCACACGCAAGCAUACACACUCAGUGUCACACCGUCCGAGCCGACAGACGAUAAUAUCAUGGCGAGGCAGCAACAACUCAUCCUGACCGCCGCGAUGAUCUUGUGCUGCUGUGGUGGCAGCCUUAUCGUUUCCGCACUCGAUCUCAACAAACUGUACGGACACAUACACGCGAAAAGGAACAUAGGAGAACCAUGCCACCCAUAUGAACCAUUCAAAUGUCCUGGAAACGGCGCUUGUAUUUCUAUUCAAUAUUUAUGUGACGGAGCACCCGAUUGUCCAGAUGGUUAUGAUGAAGAUGCCAGACUCUGCACUGCGGCUAAGCGACCACCGGUUGAAGAAACAGCAAGUUUUUUACAGUCACUUUUAGCUAGUCAUGGACCAAACUACUUGGAAAAAUUAUUUGGCAGCAAAGCCAGGGACGCAUUGGAGCCAUUAGGAGGCGUCGAAAAAGUUGCAAUUACUCUUUCUGAAUCACAAACAAUCGAGGACUUCGGUGCUGCUCUCCAUCUAAUGAGAUCUGACUUGGAGCAUUUGCGUUCGGUGUUCAUCGCCGUCGAGAACGGCGACAUCGGCAUGUUAAAGAGCCUGGGCAUCAAAGACUCCGAACUAGGCGAUGUGAAGUUUUUCCUCGAAAAGCUAGUCAACACCGGCUUUCUAGAUUAAUUUAUUAAAAAAAAUAUCGGAUUUGUAUACAAUUAUAAUAUCCUCUGUAAUUUUCUAUUCCUAUUUAUAUAAUUACCUUUAUAGGUACGAAUAUCCAUCCAAGAUUAAAAAAAAAAAAAAAACAAUUAUUAUUUCGUCUAAUCCCAUCGUCACGAACUCCGUAUCCCAGACAUAACUUCUCUAAUUAUUUUCGGUCAAUUAAAAUGAACUAUAAUAAUAUACUAUUUUAAUCGUAUACAUUCGAUUUUGAAUCACAAUACAUAUCAAACAUAAAGCUAACACUAUACAUAUCAUAUAAUGUACAACUUUAAACAUAUCUUUUUAAUAUCAAACGUUUAUUAUUAUCAUUACUAUUAAUAUUAUCUAGUUAUACAAAAUGUAUUACAUUAAAAAUAUAUCAUUAUAAAUUGUGUUGAAUAUAUCAUUUGUCUUAACAACGCGUGCCCGAUGAGCCAUUAUACAUGUUUGUUACAUUUAGUUUUUUUUUAAUAACGCUAUUUUAUACCCGGUUUUGCUUGUUUAUUAUCGUACAACUUUUUUCAUAAUAAUUACUAUUACAUUUUAAUCUUAACUUCUAAAUAACGUUUUACGGCCAGACUCCAAAAUUCAAUUACGGAUAAAAACAUAUUUAUAAUACCUGUCCAACGUAAAUACGUGAUGUAUUGAUAAUAACCGACACGCCGAGUAUUUUACAGCGCCUAAAGCGCCUGUACUUUACAUUGUUUAUAUCAUAGGUAUCAGUGUUUUCUUUAAAAUUUUAUUAUUAUAAAAUUUUUAAUAUUCAUUCUUAUACAUUGUUUAAGGUACAUCGGAGUAGUAAUAAUUAAAUUUUUAUAUCCCGUUUCAUAACUUAUCAUAACUGGUAUAUAAUUCACAGGGUGUUUCAGCUAUAUAAUGUAAUAAAAGUGUGAAUUUUGCAUGUACAUUAGAAAAAUAUUAUUAAUGUGUUUGAUAAUUCGCUCAGUAUCACAAAGAAGAGAGAAAAAACUAAAAAUAUAGUUUUAAAUUAUAGACAAGAACUUAGUAUGAUAUUUUAUCGACAAUAUGCAGUAAUUAUUUUUCUUCUCUAAAUACAUGAAUGUUUUUGACAUAAGAUUAGAUUUUUGUCAAGGGAUUAUACCAAUGAAAUAUUUGCGAUAAAAAAAACCAAUUGGCUUUCAUACUACAAACAAAUAUAACUUCUGAAACACGCUGUAAACGAUUCCAAUGUACCACAAUGUCCUAUAUAGGUACUUUUAUCGUCUAUAACACUACUUUUUUUAAUGUAAUUUCUUUUUGUAAUGCUCAUUUGGCACAUCAUUUUCAGUAGAACACCAAAAAAAAAAAAAAAACCAUAGUGUUAUAAAUUAUUUAUAAUCGUGAUGAACUUUGAUACAUUCAC